CGCGUAUGUAAUGCAAUGCCCGAAAAUUCCCAAUCUCUGUCCCAUCUACGUCUGUCGGUAAGUUAUGGAAUGGAAGGAGAGCGAGCGAUGCGAGCAAAAGCUCCUCGACCGCUUUCCAGGCCCGGCGUGACCCCGGUCGAGGACGAGGCCAUGGACCCGGUUCGGAUCGGCCCUGGACUCACUCUCAGGAAGAAAGGCUUCGGGGUCCGACAAUGGCUCCUCCUCGACGUGACGGGCCAGACGCAGGUCGUUGAAGUAGGGAAGCACGCUAUCAUGCGCCGGACGGGUCUUCCGGCACGCGACCUUAGAAUCCUAGAUCCCUUGCUCUCGUACCCUUCCACCGUCCUCGGCCGAGAGAAGGCCAUCGUCAUCAACCUCGAGCAUAUCAAGGCAAUCAUCACAGCUCAGGAGGUUCUGCUGCUGAAUUCCAAGGAGCCGACGGUUACUCCGUUCGUCGACGAGCUGCAGCGGCGCCUCGUGCGUCUCCACCACGCCACUACCAAAAAUCAGGAAGGUAUGAUCAGUGGUGGGGAUGCAGACUGGGCGAACGCAUAUGAUUCAGAGGAGCCACGGUCUAGUAUGGUCAGUCCUCGCCGUUCUGAUAAUCUCAAUUAUUCCGGAGAUUUUCCAAGGUACCAAGAGACAGAUGAGAAGAACAAGGCCGAUGGUAAACCUGGUUUCGAGAAUGGACCAAGGGUUCUUCCAUUUGAGUUUAUCGCAUUGGAAGCAUGCCUUGAAGCUGCUUGCAGUUGCUUAGACAAUGAGGCCAGAACAUUGGAGCAAGAAGCACACCCAGCACUAGAUAAGCUGACUACAAAGAUUAGCACUCUGAAUUUGGAGCGUGUCCGUCAGAUAAAAAGCCGGCUGGUUGCUAUAACUGGACGUGUUCAAAAGGUCCGGGAUGAGCUUGAGCACCUUCUAGAUGAUGAUGAUGAUAUGGCUGAGAUGUAUUUAACAGAGAAGCUGUUGCAGCAACCCCUCGAUGGGUCAUCAUCUCUUUCUUCUCUAAAUGACAGAGAUGGCAUGGAUGAUGGCAUUCUUCGCUCUGAUAUGGAUGAUGACAGGAUUCCUGCUGAAAUCUCUUCAGAAGUGAAUGAUGUACCCAACAAUUAUGAAGGUGAUCUUCAAAAUAUUGAUAACCAGGAGCACUUGUUGGCGUCAUCCAACAUGCUCAGUGGAGAUGGGCGAACCCAUACUAGUAGCACGCACAGUGGCAGCAAACAGCUUGAUGUGGAGGAGCUUGAAAUGCUUUUGGAGGCUUACUUUGUGCAGAUAGAUGGUACAUUGAAUAAGCUAUCCACGAUCACUACAUGUGCCAAGAUGACACGAGUUCUUUACAUGUUAGGUCUUCAUUAGGUAGGCUCCUACCCUGGCCCAAAAAUAGCUGCUCUGCUAAUAAGGGGUUAGCCAGUGUAUGAAACUUUUGGAUGGCUAAAAAAAAGAACUUGGAAUAUGGGCCCCUCCAUUUGUUUUGCAUAAUAUGGCCCACCUGAAGAGUGCAUCAACCUUAUUCUUGGGCCAGAGAGCAUAAAUGCUUGGUGUUAGUGUGCCAUGUUGGCAUAUGUUGCAUUGUGCAGAAGGGGCUGGGAUCUACUCACGUGGGAUUAGCAGCCUCACUUUCUACAACUGUCUACCUGCAAGUAUUUUCUAAUCACACAGGCACCAUAUCCAUGACUCUCUUUUAUUAUUUGGAAGCAGUGAAAAUCUCACUCGAAGUAAGAAAUGGUGCAAAUGUUCCGUGGGCAAUCAGUUUUUUUUUUCUUCAUCUGAAGACUGCUAGUUUCAUAUGUUUUUCUGGUUAUGCAUUUUGUCCCACAUGUUGGUACUGCAUUGAUUUUUUUGUCAUUUGAACUAAAGAAGCUCUAUAUACACACGAUUGAUGGGACUCAUUAAUGUAAGUAUUUGCCAACUAGGAAUUUUAUCUUGAGGAAUGCUAAUUGCUGUACUCUCAAUAUCUGGGCCAUGGCCAAAACUGUCCAGGCCUGCUGGAGCAUCAUAAGUGCUCAAGGAAAGAACUGACCGCUGCCCAGAUUUGGGCCCUAUCUCAAUUGAGCGGUUAGGAUUGUCCAACCAGUGUGACUCUUUUGCCACAGCUCAUGUAUGGAAUGACCUGCCAGAUGAGUGUUCCAGAUCUCGUAUGGGUUUGCCAUGUGCCCCCAUGUAAAUUCAUUUGCACAAAUCAUGUCCCAUUAGCAGCUCUCCUGACUCUAUGGUAAAACCUGUCAUUUGUGUGUCCACCAUUAUUUAUACCCAUCCCUGUCGAUUUGCUUGUGCCCAUUUUCUAUUUUAGGAAUUUAAAUGAUCUGAAUGUACCAUUCAGUUCCUAAAUAGAAAAUGUGUACCAUUUCAAUGCCUAAAAUGGAAAAUAGGUGGAAGCGAAUCAACGGCCGCGGGUGAAAGUGUCAAUUCCUUUCUUGUAUUAGCAAUGGCCUU